AUGACGGAGUCAUCUUUUCAUGGCAUACUUCUGGCCAUCAGUCUCAUUGCCGUCCUGCUUGUGGCGUCGAUACCAUCCGUCACUGGAUCUUCCGGGGAGGAUGUCAAGGAAUCACCCAUAGAGGAUCUUUCCUCCAUGAAUCACAGUGAGGAUUUGCCAUUUGUCCUGGUGACUGGUGGAAAUGGGCUUGUGGCAUCCAACCUCAUUUCAGAGCUGUUGCAACGAGGUCAUCAUGUCAGAGCCACGGUGAGAGAUCCAUUCAAGGCUUCUCACCUAAGAACUUUUUCCAAAGCGGAAACACAUUUGGAAAUUGCUGCCUUCGAUUUGAAGGAACAAGAUAAACAAGUGUACAAAGACUUGCUAAUGGGAGGCAUUGACUGGAUAUUUCAUGUGGCAGCUCCAUUUGUGGAUUUUUUGCCACAAUCUGAUGAAACCAUCAAAAUAGCAGUCCAGUCCAUCACAUGGUUGCUGCAAGCAGCCCAAGAGUCAAAUGCCUCACAAGUGGUCUACACAGGAUCCGGUGCUGCCGUGUACUUUGGAUACUCGGACAAUCCCAUCAAGUCAGAUCCCAAUUAUAUCUUUACCGAAGACGAUUGGACCAAUGUCACCUCGAUGGGCAUCUUGACGGACUAUGCCAAAAUGAAAACUCUCACUGAACUGGCAGCGUGGGAAUUUGUGGAAAAGCAUGCACCUAACUUUCGCUUCUCCAGUCUUUUACCCGGUUUCGUCUUGGGAACCUUGUUGUCAGAGACAGUGACCAGUUCCAAACGGGUCAUUUUUGAAACCAUGAUGGGAACAUAUCCAGGUGUCUUUGAUCUGUACAUUCCACUUGUUGAUAUCCGGGAUGUUGUGGAAGCUCAUUUUCGAGCUGCCAUGCAAAAAGAGGAAUCCACCGAUAGUAGAUGGGCCAACCAGAGAAGACGGUUCUUACUCACACGAAAGAAGGGUAAGGAUAUCUUUUAUCCCAAAGUUGCAGCCAUUCUCAAAGAGCACUUUGGUCCCAUGGGAUAUUCCAUUUCUACCUGGCACAUUCCAAAUUGGGUCUUGAGGAUUGCCUCCUUGUUUGAUAGGGAACUGUCAGUCAUGUACCAAAUGUUGGGAGUGGGAGAACAAAUUGACAAUUCCAAAUCCAUCGAGGUCCUAGGAUUGACCUAUCACAGCAAUGCAGCAGAAAUGAUUCUGAAUACAGCACAUACCAUGAUUCAACAGGGACUGAUACCCAAAAAGGUGGGAUAUCAUGCACGUAGCUUGUUUGGGAGUGGUGAGCUGUAG